AAUAAGUUUAGUUAUUUCAAUAUUGUCAAUUACACUUAGCACAUAUGCCAGAAAUUGUUACUAAAAUGACAGGGUUUUAAAAAUUGUAUCGCUAAUAAAAAAAUUCCGUUAGAAUGCCACCAAAGAAGAAAGGCAAAGUCGUUGAUUGGGCCGCUGAUGAGUUCUUCUCUAAGGAUCGCAGUAUAUUCCACAUAGAGCACACCACCGAAUGCCCGAUAUUCCAGGCCAAGGCAGACGAAUGUCUUACCUUCUUUCAGCAGCGCAUUCCUGAGCGCGAGUUUCAGCUGGUGCGCAACAAGAAUGGCAAACAGGCGCCCCGGGAUGGGGCGUUCGAGGUAAAAUUUAGCCAAAAUGCUCGCACCUCCGAGCACAUGUUGUGGUCCGGCUUAACCAAAGGACCGCCGCGACGCGACAAAUUUCCGAUCUUCGAGAACCUGGUACUGGAUGUGCAGCGCAUUCUUAGAAAAUUCUAUGCGGAAAAGGUGGCAGACCUCGAUGACGAAGACAUGGAUAUGUAACUAGCACUGAGUGAAUUUCUGAUAUUUCGUUUGACAUCGUAUUAACAUAACAAAGCAGCAAAAAAUAAAGCCAAUAUACCCUAUUGUCAAAAGAUAACACGUAA